AUGUGCAGUGCUACCUCCACAACUCCCUCCCUCCCUUAUUUGGAUCCUAAUAACAAGCACUUCUCUGGAUUCUCGCCCCUGGCUCCCCUUGUAUCACAGCAACAGCAACAGCAAGGGGUGCUCCCGUCGCCGACUUCACAGUUGCUGUUUGGGUUAUUUGAAUUCGCAGGUGGAGGAGGCUUUGAAAAGAAUUUCCCACCAGCUCUCGACCUCUCCCGCCGCCAAUCCCCUACCAUGACCACAGCAUUCUGUUUGCUUCCUUCUCCUCCUCAGCCGCCGUCGGCUCGGCUGUGUAUAUAG